AUGUUCUCCACCAACUUUAUCACCUUUGUCUGCGUCGCUGUCGCCGGUUCGUCCGUCAUGGCUGGUCCUACCCUGUACAAGCGCGACGGUGCCACUCCCGCCCUGGCGGCGCGCGAGCCUCAGUUCUCCCUCAACAUCCCAAACAACAUCCCCGUUUCGGGCGCGUUCCCGAAUGGCAUCACCAUCACUCCUGGCACCCCGAGUGGUAGCAUCGUUACCAGCAACCGCAACUCGACCUUCCCGUUCAACCUCUUCGGCCGCGACGAGGCGACGCCUGUUCUCGCUGCCCGUGAGCCUCAGUUCAGUGUCAACAUCCCGAACAACAUCCCCGUCUCUGGCGCAUUCCCGAACGGCAUCACCAUCACCCCCGGCACCCCCUCGGGCAGCAUCGUGACGGGCGCUCAGAACUCGACGCUCUUCGGCCAGUUCGGCUUCAAGCGCGAGGACGCCACCCCGGCGCUCGCUGCCCGCGAGCCCCAGUUCAGCGUGAACAUCCCGAACAACAUCCCUGUCAGCGGUAGCUUCCCGAACGGUAUCACGGUUAUCCCUCAGACCCCUUCGGGCAGCAUUGUCACCAGCAACCGUAACGGCACAUUCCCGUUCAACCUCUUUGGCCGCGAUGUAUGA